CCUUAAGGCAGUGUUUUAUGCCUUAAGUCUUUGUCUUAUGUAACGCACAAUACUGUGUUAAUGUUUCCUGUCUUGUGUAGUAUACGUCGCGUAUACUACACAAGACAGGAAACAUUAACACAAUAUUGUGCGUUACAUAAGACAAAGACUUAAGGCAUAAAACACUGCCUUAAGGUUAUAAGACAGCCAUUCUGCUUAGGCCCUAACCCAGAUAGCACAGCUGAUCUUUAUGAAUUCAUAAAGAUCAGCUGUGCUAUCUGGGAACAUAUUCUGUAUUUUCGGAGCUGAUGAGCAGUCGGCAUUUGCGAAUACUAAUUGCAUACGUGUUCUGAUGCAGAUUGCAUAUCAAAAACCUCGCUUAACUUCCGAUGCAGUUCCGGCAAUAUUCCUCACGGAAGGUGAAUUUGACAAGUCGACCCUUCAGCAAUAAAACAGAAAAUGAGGCGUCGAUGGACCUGGAUUCAUCACAGCAGGAACAGGAAGUUGCAAUUACUAGUUGCGAGAUGAUAGCGCAUGACCCAUCGCAACAAGCUUCAAGUACAAAAUAUGUCAAAGCUAGUGAGAUGAUCCUCGACGCAACAAUAGAAUUGCAACAGCCAUGCGUACCAAUGCCAAGAGCAUUUGUGAUGGAUGGAACAAGCAAGGACUCUGAAAUGGAGCAUGAUCUUGCUUCAAACAUCGAAGGUACGAAGGUACAAACAAAGAAAUCAACGCUCUCCAAUGUCAAGAAGUCGUCGCCGGCAUCAACUGUCCGUAAACUACAAGUUUCGACUGUUUCCAGUGAAUGUUAUUUUAAAAAGUUGUUAUUCGUCCGUUUUUCAAUAUUUUUCAAUGUAUUCUAUUUUUACGAAGUCUUAUUGUAUACAGAUAUCAGCAAUGAAAAAGGCGUAAUUACUUUGCCGCUAACAUGGAGCAUUAGUCAAGCACCUGUGAAGCUCGGAAUAGAAAUUAUACUCUGUCAAAUAAAGACGUUGAUGGAAAACGACAAAAAAAACUUAGCAGUUAAAAAGUAUAUUGUCAUCGCGGAUUGGAGCGAAAAUGAUUUCAAGCAUUUGCAAAACAAUUAUACUGAUGUAAUGUUUUGUAAACGCUAUAUGUUGUUCUCGCUGAGAUACUCUUUUAAUAUAUUAUUUGAUGGGAUAUUUCAGGAUAUCUGUGCAAGCAAGUCCUUCGUCGAUUUAAGUCCUGUCCUAUUUGCUCCGAGGCUGUCCUUAAGCCCGAUAAAAAUCCCAUACCUGAGUCAAUGCUGGUAGACCUGCGAUCUCGAGGAGGAUUAAUUCACUCGAACCUCAAAUUUUUUAAUUUGAUUCGUUACGUCGAAGAGUGUUUCGCGAAGCAUGCCAAAUCGUCCGAAGUCUUCGAUCUAACAAUCGAGGAGGUUCUCUCUAAUUAUAAUUUUACAUUCCCGUGUAAAGAUCAUGCCUCGGAGAUUCUCUCUUAUGCACUCUGUUACUAUGUAAGGUUGAGGAUGCGCCAAUUUACGUACCAAGAAAAUCAAAAACUCAAAAAGAAAUUUGUACCUCAAAGGAAAUUGUCGAAAUUGUGCAAUCAAUAAAAAAAGUUGAAAAUUUAAACCAUAUGUCACCUGCCAUUCUAACCAUGUCACAACGGACAAGUACGCAUGCGCGUCGAUGAUCCUCCGAUCGACACGACUAGUGCGGAGACGGAGCGAACUACCGAAAAAGGCUUUGUUUAGCGAGACACCCCCACCACCAUCAAAUGAUGCGAGUUUCCAGACCUGAGUAGAAGACCGUGCCACGCACUCAUCAUCCCUACGGCUAUCUGCCGCCCUAGCCAAUCACAUUUACUUAUAGACGCCUGCGCAGCCUCGACACAGAGUCGCAGACCGAUGGGUGCAGCCAAUGGGUGCGUUCAGCCGAUACUCCGCUAGCCUAGCAAUCGUGAGCAGUC